AUGAGGGCUGUGGACGCGCUCCUCCUCGCCGCCUCCCUGUGGUUCCGGAGCGCGCUCGGCGGGUUCGGGCCGAGCCUGUUCGCGGCGCAGACCUCCCCCCCGGACCCCUGCUACGACGAGCCCGGCACGCCGCGCCGCUGCAUCCCGGACUUCGUGAACGCCGCCUUCGGCAAGGAGGUGCGCGCGUCCAGCACGUGUGGCCACAAAACCCCGAGCCGCUACUGCGAGCUGAGCUCCGCGGACAAGGGGGCCGAGCGGACCAGGACGUGCCACACCUGCGACGCGUCCGAGCCCCGGAGGUACCACCCGCCCGCGUACCUGACGGACCUGAACAACCCGCACAACCUGACCUGCUGGCAGUCCGAGAACUUCGUGCAGUUCCCGCAGAACGUGUCCCUGACUCUGUCCCUGGCCAAGAAGUUCGAGGUGACCUACGUGAGCCUGCAGUUCUGCUCCCCCAGACCCGAGUCCAUGGCCAUCUACAAGUCCAUGGACUACGGCAAGUCGUGGGUGCCAUUCCAGUUCUACUCCACGCAGUGCAGGAAGACCUACAACAAGCCGAACCGGGCCGUGAUAACCAAACAGAACGAGCAGGAGGCCGUGUGCACGGACUCGCACACCGACGUGCACCCGCUCAGCGGCGGCCUCAUCGCUUUCAGCACGCUGGACGGCCGGCCGUCCGCGCACGACUUCGACAACUCUCCGGUGCUGCAGGACUGGGUCACGGCCACGGACAUCCGGGUGGUGUUCAGCCGCCUGCACACGCUCGGAGACGAGAACGAGGACGACUCGGAGCUGGCGCGAGACUCCUACUUCUACUCCGUGUCCGACCUGCAGGUCGGCGGGAGGUGCAAGUGCAACGGGCACGCGAGCCGCUGCGUGAAGGACCGCGAGGGGGGCCUGGUGUGCGACUGCAAGCACCACACGGCGGGCCCCGAGUGCGACAGGUGCAAGCCCUUCCACUAUGACCGGCCCUGGCAGCGCGCCACGGCGCGCGACGCCAACGAGUGCGUGGCCUGCAACUGUAACCUUCAUGCCAGGCGCUGUCGUUUCAACAUGGAGCUCUAUAAACUGUCAGGGAGGAAGAGUGGAGGAGUCUGCCUCAACUGUCGGCACAACACAGCCGGUCGUCACUGCCACUACUGCAAAGAGGGCUACUACAGAGACCUGUCCAAACCCAUCUCACACAGGAAGGCCUGCAAAGCAUGUGAUUGCCAUCCCGUGGGUGCAGCUGGCAAAACCUGUAACCAAACCACAGGACAAUGUCCCUGUAAAGACGGCGUGACUGGUAUCAUGUGCAACCGCUGUGCUAAAGGCUACCAGCAGAGCCGCUCGCCCAUUGCCCCAUGCAUAAAGAUUCCAGUUUCUCCUCCGACAACUCCCUCCAGCAUCACAGAGGCGCCAUCCGCUGUCCAGGCACACAUCCUGAAGGCAGACAAGAGCGGAGAAUGGUGGAAGUUCACCGUCAACAUCAUUUCCGUGUACAAGCAGGGCGAGAGCCGGAUCCGCCGCGGAGACCAAUUCUUGUGGGUCCGCGCCAAAGACGUGGCCUGCAAGUGUCCCAAGAUCAAGCCUGGGAAGAAGUACUUGCUGCUAGGGAAUGACGAGGACUCCCCCGGUCAGAGCGGCGUGGUGGCCGACAAGGGCAGCCUGGUCAUCCAGUGGAGGGACACGUGGGCGCGCCGGCUCAGGAAGUUCCAGCAGCGAGAGAAGAAAGGCAAGUGCAAGAAGCCAUAGGCAGGGAUAAAAGGAGGAGAGAGGAGGAAGAGCUCGAGAGAAAACCUGAGCAGAGAAUUGGAGAUAAAACAGAGACAGAGGACCACGGACAGAGAGGACACUGUUUAUGUUGCUGCUUUUUGUGAAGAAGCAUGAAGAGAAAUAUUUAGAAUGAUUUCUAUUUUCUAGUGAACUUUGGU